AUGAAACGGUUGCCAGAGGACAAAAUGAAACUUUUGUUUGAAAAAUUAUCAAAAUAUAUCGGCGAAAACGUUAAAGUUCUUGUGGAUCGUCCUGAUGGCAUUUAUUGUUUUCGAGAAAAGAAAAACCGAGUCUACUACGUAUCGGAAAAGAUUUUAUCAUUGGCUAAUACAGUUAGCCCAGACAAUUUAAUCAGUGUAGGCAUAUGCUUUGGGAAGUUCACAAAGACAGGAAAGUUUAGGUUACAUAUUACUGCGUUACACUAUUUGGCUCCAUAUGCACAGUACAAAGUAUGGUUAAAGUCAUCAGCAGAACAACAGUUUUUAUAUGGUCAUCAUAUAACGAAGUCUGGGCUAGGUCGUAUUACAGAAAAUACCCCGCAGUAUCAGGGAGUUAUUAUAUAUUCCAUGAAUGACAUACCUUUGGGCUUUGGUGUUGCUGCUAAAAGUACAGCAGAUUGUAAACACGUCGAUCCAAUGGCAACUGUCUGCUUUCAUCAAGCAGACAUUGGAGAAUACAUUCGUUCGGAAGAUGCUUUACUAUAAUGAAUAUGACUGUAUGUGUAAUGAUAUUCCCAACAUUAAGACAAUUUUUUAUAAAGUUAAAAAAAUAACGUUUAUUUUACACCUAUUGUACAUUUUCUAUUCAGAAGACAGCUGUUGCGCUCUUGAUAAAAGAGUGAAUCCCAUUAAUUCGUUACAACCGUCUUAUGCUACCUUGAGUGUAAGGCACAACCAAAAAAUCAAUACAAUUAAAAUUACACGGCAUUACAAA